AUGGUAGUAGCUCGUAAAGCUCUUAUUGUGGUUGGUGUCCUCGUGGCUAUUGGUGCCGCCAUUGGCAUUAUCAUUGCAGUCACUAGCGGAAAUGAUGAUAAAGAUGCUAUUAGUAGCGGCGGAGGGACAACGCUCGAUGGAUCUGGUUCAACGCAGUCGAGUACGUCCAAGGUGAAGGAAUCGGAUCUCUUGACCAAUUUAACAUCAAGUGGCAGUGGUUCGAUGGUCACUAAUGAACCAACGAGUGAUCCAGAAAAGGCUAAAGCGGCGAUCACGAUGCUUGCGAUUGGAGACUGGGGCGCUACAACGGACAAGCCUGGAUCUUGCUGCAACAAAUAUCGCAAGGUUGCCAAUGAUUCACUUGAGAUGAAGAUUGAUUACUGGGCCCAGAUGAACGUUGCUGAGAUCCUGGCAAAAGCUGCUGGAGAUAUUAAACCGUCGUGCGUUAUUAGCCAUGGUGACAAUAUCUACUAUAACGGUGCUGGACCUGAUGACAUUGACUACCGAAUGGAGACAACAUUUGAGAGUGUAUAUGACCAGCCUGCGCUCCAGGACAUUCCAUGGAUCAACGUUUGCGGCAAUCACGAUCUUGGUGGCUCGGAUCACAUUUGCGGUGAGAAGGAUUACAAUUUCCGUCAGUGCGAAAGCGCUCAGGAGCUUGUCAAGUACUUAAAGCUCAAGUUCUCGCUGCAGCAGGAGUACAAGAGCCCCAACAGCGACCGCUGGAAACUGUCGGACCAUUACUAUGUGGAAACGGUCAAGGAGAACGGCGUGUCGGUCGACAUUUUCAAUGUUGACACAAAUUUUGCUGAUUCACACGGUGUGAUGCAGAUCUGUUGUCAGUGCUACGGCUUCGUGAAAGAUAAAAAAUUGAGCGAAGCCGAGACCAAAAAGCUGGGCGCUACGUGCAACGACCGUACCCCAGGUGAUGAGCUGUGCGCUGGUGGAAGUACCGAGAUGUACAAUGCUUGCGCCGAUACAAUCAAGGAAUGGUGGGACGACUCGCUUUUGCAGGUGAAGAAGGACCUCAAGGCGUCCACUGCUACAUGGAAGGUUAUUAAUUCGCAUUACUCGCCGCACUUUCACAUGAGUGAGGAUAAGAUGAAGGAGUGGUUUAUGGUUACUAAGGAAGGUGGCGCACACAUCUGGCUCAAUGGCCACACGCACGGUUUUAAUCACGAUAUUAGCAACUGGGGCACCCACUUUUACGAGAACGGUGGUGGCGGUGGCAUCCAGUCUGAGACGUCGGGUAUGCCUCCUGAGGUUGCGGAAAAGUAUGUCGAGCAUGCAUGGAUUGCCGCUGGCAACCCAUAUGGCUUCUUCAUGCUUCAUUUCUCAGAGGAUUGGCUCAAGACUGAGUUUGUAACGUUUGACGACACAUGGACGUUCAGCGUUAAGAAGGACGAAAUUGUCAAGGGCGGCUACAAAAAAGGUCACUGCUGGCACAUUCCUGUGACUAUCGGUGCUGGUAAAGAAUGCACAACUAGCGAGAAACGAGUGUAA